AGUGGCCUGAUGCCUUGGUCUGUGAAACUUUGUUCUAGCAAUGGAAAGGUUUUGGAAUGUGAACAUUGCUUCCUUUUGGGGCAGCUGAGCUCAAUUGCCUUUCCCCGACAUGAGGAAGAGUACCUCCAGCUGACAGUAAACUGUCACCCGUGCCUUUUAAUCUUUGGUCAGAACUGUAAUGCCAAAUGCCAGUUACUCAACGUGCUCCUGGGAGACAGACUGCUGCCUACCACCAAAGUUACCAGUGAGGAGAGCUGUAAAAGGCGUCGAAUUCGCUUCACACAUGGAAGACAAACGCGGAUCAGUUUAGCUCUGCCUGGACAGUAUGAAUUGGUUCAUAACUUGGCAGCUCAUCAAGGUAGAUGGGAAACAAUACCAGAGGAGGACUUAGAAAUCCAUGGGGAUAAUGAGGAUCUGGCACACCAGAUUGCGGAGCUCGAGGUUACACUGAAUCACACGCUAUUACAGGAAGUGGACAUUGUGGUAGCUCCAUGUCGGGGAUUCCAGACAGCAGAAGUCACUUUGGGAGAAUAUAUGAACAAUGCCCUUCCAGUCAUCACUUUUGCCAUCUGUGAAGCAGAACUCUCAGCACUGGAUGUGAAUGAACUGCAAGAGAUUAAAGAGAAAUUCUCUCUGCCUAUCUUCUUUUUCAAAGUGCCGGAUUUGGGGCCCGAACUAAUAUCCCCUCAAAAUGCAGAGAAUGAAAAGUCAUCCCUUUAUCGGCAGCUGCUGGAUUUAGACUAUCUUAGUACCAACCAUUGCAGCUGUGGAGCUCCCAGUUCUGAUGCCAAAGCCCAGAGCAUGCUGGUGGAACAAUCAGACAAGAUCCGCCUGCUUAGCACUUUCUCCAAACAGGUGCUGCAACAGCGCUUGGUGGAUGCAGCCACCAUCUUGAACAUAGUACACUGCCGUUGCCUGGACAUCUUCAUCAACCAAGCCUUUGACAUGCAGCGAGACCUACAGAUCACUCCAAAGCGUUUAGAGUAUACACGGAAAAAAGAAAAUGAGCUGUAUGAGUCUCUGAUGAACAUAGCCAACCGCAAACAAGAAGAAAUGAAGGAGAUGAUCAUUGAGACUCUCAAUAACAUGAAAGAAGAGCUGCUGGAAGAUGCUGCUAAUAUGGAAUUCAAAGAUAUUAUAAUUCCUGAGAAUGGAGAGCCUAUUAGUUCCAGAGACAUUAAAUGUUGCAUUAAGCAAAUCCAGGAACUGAUAAUUUCCCGGUUAAACCAAGCAGUUGCCAACAAGUUGAUAAGUUCUGUGGACUAUCUGCGUGAGAGCUUUGUUGGGACUCUGGAAAGAUGUCUGAAGAGUCUAGAGAAAUCUCAGCAAGAUGUUUCAGUGCAUAUUACAAGCAACUAUUUGAAACAGAUACUGAAUGCAGCCUACAAUGUUGAAGUAACUUUUCACUCUGGUUCAACAGUAUCCAGAAUGCUGUGGGAACAGAUCAAGCAGAUUAUACAACGGAUUACUUGGGUAAGCCCACCAGCUAUCACUACAGAAUGGAAAAGGAAAGUAGCUCAGGAUGCCAUUGAGAGUCUUAGUGCAUCCAGGCUGGCCAAGAGCAUCUGUAGCCAGUUCCGGACAAGAUUAAACAGUUCUCAUGAAGCUUUUGCAGCCUCCUUGCGACAGCUAGAGGCCGGCCACUCAGGCAGGCUGGAGAAGACAGAAGAUCUUUGGCUGAAGGUCCGAAAGGACCAUGCCCCUCGGCUUGCCCGCCUCUCAUUGGAAAGCAGGUCCCUGCAGGAUGUUUUGUUACAUGGUAAACCAAAGCUAGGCCGUGAGCUGGGCCGAGGACAAUACGGAGUAGUGUACUUGUGUAAUGCCUGGGGGGGUCACUUCCCAUGUGCGCUCAAAUCUGUUGUUCCACCAGAUGAGAAGCACUGGAAUGACCUUGCACUUGAGUUUCACUAUAUGAGGUCUUUGCCAAAGCAUGAGCGGCUGGUAGACCUUCAUGGAUCCGUGAUAGAUUAUGGGUAUGGGGGAGGUUCCAGCAUUGCUGUUCUAUUGAUAAUGGAACAAUUGCACAGAGACCUCUAUACAGGAUUAAAGGCUGGGUUGACACUGGAGACACGAUUGCAAAUUGCCUUGGAUGUAGUUGAAGGGAUUCGAUUUCUCCAUAGCCAGGGGCUUGUUCACAGAGACAUCAAACUUAAAAACGUAUUGCUUGAUAAAAACAAUAGAGCUAAAAUCACGGACCUGGGAUUCUGCAAACCUGAAGCAAUGAUGUCUGGCAGUAUUGUUGGGACCCCUAUCCAUAUGGCUCCUGAACUCUUCACAGGGAAAUAUGAUAACUCUGUGGAUGUGUAUGCAUUUGGCAUCUUGUUCUGGUACAUCUGUUCUGGACAUGUGAAGUUACCAGAGGCCUUUGAGAGAUGUGCAAGCAAGGACCACCUUUGGAACAACGUACGAAGAGGAGUACGCCCUGAACGCCUUUCCAUUUUUGAUGAGGAAUGUUGGCAGCUGAUGGAAGCCUGUUGGGAUGGGGACCCUUCCCAGCGCCCACUCCUGGGCAUAGUCCAGCCCAUGUUGCAGAGCAUAAUGGACAGGCUUUGCAGGUUGAACUCUGAGCAGUUAAACAAAGGAUUGGAUGAUUCUACUUGAUAAAGAAGCUUUGUAGGAACAGUUCCAUUAUGUGAGAACUCUGGUCCCCAUCUUGCUACUGGCAACUCAAGAUAUAGCUCUUUGGAAGAGAUUAGCCAAGAAUUGUGCUCUUAGGUGAGCGAAUAUCAAAAUUCCACCUCGUACAGCAGGCAGGGACAUUCACUCCCAACAUACACUACUAAUGCAAGUUGCCAGUGCUUCCUUCCUUUAUUAAAAAGCAAAUAAAAGGAUGGGGAAUUCAGACCUCUUAGUCUGGAAGGGAUUUUGCUUAUCCCCUUCCGGCUGCAGUAAUGAAAAAGCACUGUAUGUUUCAGAAGUCUGGCAGCCAGCACAUUUGCAUCUCCAGCUACAGUCUGCUAGUGGUCGUAUAUAUACCGGCCUCCCUGAAUGUCUUUCACAUGAAUGUGUAUGAUUGGAAGAAAUAAGGUUGUAUCCUUUCAUAGGCAGGGUAAUUCUGUGAACCUUAGCAGGAUGGACUCUGAGGGGUAUGAGCUAAUGUUGACUUCUGAUGGUAUGUUUACAUGGAUGGAUCAAAGCAUCCAAACUCUUUAAGGGGAAGGCUCCACUGCAAUGGAAUACCCAAAGGUAUAAGCUAUCUGUCAUAUGAACCAAACUCUUUUUGGUAAAUGCUUAAUAGCAAGUCUUCAAACAUCUGAGUGAAGAUGGCCUUUUUUAUUAAUUACAAUCUUGCAGCAAGAUGGGUACUCCACCAAAAGACUUUACACAUACAGAAAUAGAAACACAAGUUGUUAGUAGCUACUGUUGGUACCCAAUGGAAAUGAGUAGAUCCUGUUUUUAACUACAGCAGUUUUCUUUUUUGUUUUGUACUAAGUAUAAAGGCAAUGACUGUUUUAAACUCUAAUAUUGACAGGCCAUUUUAAAAGAUUUCUUCAGCUGUGUAUUUUUAAGCCAUUCCCUUGAAGAGUACCUAAGAGAAAGCUGUCAUUGUUUCAUAGAUGUGCAUGGUUGCUGUGUCUGACCAUCAUUUACUUCUUUGGGGUUUGUCAUUUGGCUGUGCUUAAUCUAGGAGUCCAUUGCAGGGAGCCCAUGGGGAAGAAAGUCCAGAGACAUAUGAAAUGAAGGACUCUUUCCCAUGUAAUCUAUACACCCUUGACACAAUAGAUUCUUUGCAUUUGCCACUGCAAGAAUUAAUUUAUUAGCACAACAGUGUUUGAGGGAGGUGUAGGCUGAAAUGGAGAAUGCACCUGGCAUAGGCAAGGAAAGGGACCGACUGUGAGUGUUUCUCCAGAUGUUUGGAGAGUGGAGUACGUAACCAUAUUCCCUCUCUUCCAUGCAAUGAGACAUGCACUGGUUCCAUCUUCAAAGGAUAAUCUACUGUGCAAAGCCAAUCAAACAUGCAACAUACAAUACUUUGCUUCUGGAGUUGCUUCUGUUAUACAAAGCAGAAAUGCAGCCUCUUGCCUGUUUACAUAAACCACUAGAGAUAAAAGUAACCCUGCAAUGUUGCUCACCAGCCUAGAUGAACCCUUUCUGUGUGUGCAAUAAAAUUGAAAUCAUGCUUUUAAAAUUAUUGCUUUUUACUUAAUGGGCAUUCAUUGUUAUGUGGUGGUCUAAACUGUAUUGGCACUUCUGUCCACAAAUUGUAGCGUUGGCAACUUGAACUGAAAUGGGCCACAAUAGCUGACAACCAUUCUCACAGAAAAGCACACAUAUUCUCAACUAGGAAGUCCUAGAAAUGUCACUUAUGUAUAUCUGGACCACCAUUCUAGUCACUUGACAGUAUUACUCAUGUCAUAUCCAUUUAUUCUGUUCUAUGGUGGCUAGUGACCUUGUUUAGAAUUAGGGUCUAGGUCAGUAUUUUUGCAAGUAUAGAAAUAGUUUAUGUAAAAUAAAAUAAAUAAAACUGUAUUUGAAAAUGGCUUGUAUAGCUCUUCCCAAGCAGCUAUGUCCUUAAUCUUUACCCUGUGCCUUUUUCAGAAAACUGAGUCAAAAGUAUGUCUCAGUUUCACUGGGGUUGUGUUUCCUAUAGACACAAAACUGGCUCCAUACACCUUUCCCAAUGUACAACCAUGCAUGCACUCCUCUGCUAGGCAUAAAUUUUAAUUUUUGUUUUGAUCACUCCUGAAGCAGAUUUCACAGCCUCUAACUUGCCUCACAACAGAGAACAGAUGGGUUUUGUGCUGUUUAAAGGUCCUACUUCUUAAAAUGCAUUUGGCUUUGAUUAAAGCACAAUCCUCUUCAUAUUAGCAAUGGUAUAUGCUUUCCCCAUGUUUCAUUCUUAGGCCGUAAGGGUGGUAAUAACUUUUAAUGUAAAUACACUAAAUAUUUUCAUAGCUGUAGCUAAGGGGUCACCAUAAGUAUUGCGGUGGAGAUGAUGGCCAUCAGUGAGUGCAGAGCAACUAUCAUUGCUGUCAUUUUAUUUCAGUGACUGCAAAAGCAUUAACCAAGAGAUCUGUCCAAAAGCAUAACACUAGAUCUUCCUAAAAAGUUACUGUUGUUCCCAUGUAAAAUGUUGUACUUUAAAAUAAUAUUUUCCUCCUUUCAAAGCCUUUUUACUACAACACAAUAUCACCCAAUUUGUUUUAUACUCUGAAGGAAACUGUUUACUGAACUGUAUUAUGCAAGGUUUACAUGUUGCCACCAACUUGAUGGCUAAAGUAGGUGCUCCAAAAGAUAGGUUUCCUUAGAGCUGGAAACAUGAUAAAUUGAGCUCGUUUACAAACUAAGUAUACUGCAGUAAUUAGAGUUGGAGGUAUCAAAGCAUCCAUACUGGUGCUAAGAGCUGAUGGUUCAAAAAUGGAGCUAUUCAGAACUGAUCCAUUGCCAGGGUACUUCUUAUUUCUGCUUUGGAAACUCUGGCUACUUCGGCUCUGGACAAACACUACAUAGGAGCUGCACGAGCUAAACUUUAACUGCUAAAGCAAGGCUUGAAUGCAGUGUCAGACUGUCAUGUUGUGGGUGCUGGAAUAUUGCCCUCAGCUUGCUUGUGCAUUGCUGCCUAGUAAAGUGGUUUGUGGGAGGUUUUGUUUCGCAACUGACAAUUUUUCUUCUCCAUCUCUUUUAUUACUAGUGACUUGACUGUACAAUAUAAGCUCUUCUAGUUAAACUUAUUAAACAGCAAGCAUUUCAUUUACUUCUUUUAGCACUUCCGUUUUGUUAGUCUUUCUCUCUGCCCUGCCCUCCUCUCCCAAUGACAGUGUUUGGAGGGUCAUGAGAUGCUUGAAUGCUGGCUUUUGCAGAUGACAGACAUUAAUGGAAGGAACAUCAAUGCUGCAUCCCUAUUUAUUUAAUGUGGUUCUGGGCUGAAUGCCUUUCAUUUUAGAGAUGUACAUAAUGCUUUCUCUGUAUCCACUGGUCUCCUACCCAGUUGUCAUCCUUAUUUUAAAAAUCUUAAUACUAUGAUUUUUUUUUCUCCAGGGAGAGAAUAAGAGUCCAUCUGUGUCUGAAAUUCCCUCAGGGGCUUAGAUAGCACUGCAUUUCUUAAACUUCUUAAUACUUCCUUCAUUUUGGUUCUGUUAAACUGAUGGUCAACUGUUACACUUGGCUAUUGAGGGAGGGAGAAACAUGAGUUGUACAGUUCCAUUGUAAUGCCUAUACAUUUUGUAAUACUUAUUAUUUUUUAAAAAAUCCUGAUGUAUAUUAGUGUUAAAGGCAAAGGUAACAAACAUAACUGUAUAGGAAAAGUGCAAUAACAUGGAAAACAAGAAUAAGAAUAUUUCUCAUGUAUUCUGUAAUACUAAUGUCCAGUCCACUGCAGUCCCCUCCCCCAUUACAUGUAUUUUAAGAGACGCGACUGUGAGUCAAGACUUCAUUUAGUGCCAUAAUGAAGGUCCGUUUUAAUAGACAAUAGAACGCACAGAAGUGCUGUGCUAUAUAAUAAAGGUCGCAUUAACGUUU